AACUGGCAACAUCCAUUUUGUAAAUCAACUUUUAAAAAGAUAUCCGUGUUCAGAUAUGUAGUAAAAAUGUGUUCCUGGGCGCGAAUUUUAUUUGUUUGUUUAUUAUUUAUUUUUCAAUACCAAAGUUUAGGAUUAGUUACAAAAAACAUUCCGACAGAUGACGUCACACCAACGCCGCCGACAAAGACGACGUCAGACCGAUAUGGAGAAUACUAUUAUGAUGGCGAAGAGAGAGGAGACGAUGAGGAUAAGAAAGAAAAGGACGACGAGACAGAACAUAAAAAUAAUCACGUCAAGGCCGAAGCUGGAACCAUUGCGGGUGUAGUGUUUGGAGUGAUAGUCGCUGUUAGCUUCUUAUCGUUCGUCGGCUUCAAGUUCAUACGGAGAAAAAGAGAAGGCGAUGCGGAGUAUCAUAGAAAAACCAAGGUGUUGAAGAUGUCGAAGAAGGCGGCAGGGGUCUACAUGCAAACUACGGACACAAUCGAUACCGGUGCCAGAGGGUCUUGGGUAUUAGGCCAAGAUCCUGAAUAUAAAUCAUUGCAAAAACAAUCGAAUUAUUAUGAGAGUGACUCUGAUGAUGAAUUAUGAUCAGCUCAAUCAAGAUAGUCAUGUUUGAAGACCCUUAUUUAUUUCUCACUUUGUGUGUUUGUGUUGUAUGAUCUCAAAUAAGAAUACGUAGAAUUGGUAUGUUCGUUGAUGCUAUUGGAUUUUUUUUCAGAUCGUGUUACAUAGAAAGUUUAAAUUGGGCGACAUUGAACAACAACAUGAAUAUCUUUAUUGAGCUGAACAUAUUACAUCAACUAUAGUUUCUAUACCAUUCAAUGUCAUUAAAGUUAGAUUGAAAAUAUUAGCUUCAAGACAUUAUGCUUCUUUCUCGGUGUUCUCUUUCCGUUUCUCCAUCUAAGGAUACCGUGAUAAUUGAAUAGAAACUAUUGAUUACAAAAAAUAGCAUUACCAAACUGUUAUAAACAAUUGCAGUUAAUCAUUUAAUAUAUGCUCAUGUUUUAAACUGUUCACAAUUUCAACAAAGUAUACAAAUUCAAAGGGGUUAUCUUAACGUUGUAUCAUUAUGAUAUGAAAAGGAAAUAAUGAUGAGAACUAGGUUUUGAUUAAAGAAGAGAGUACUGUAUGCACUAUACAUAUAUCUAAAGCCAAAUAUGAAGGGAGAGACGAAUGUUUAACUGUGCUUUCUAAGAAGACAUGAUAUAUUUAUCAGAUGCGUAGUGCACUUUUACAUUGAUUUUUUUGUUUACAUUUACAUGUAUAUAUACAUGUUUGAAAAUAUUCAUUUUAAAUACGAACUUUUCCCUCCGAAUAGAUUAAUCUCCCUUGGCGAGCAUAAUACACACAUUAAGCUUAUUUGCUUAAAAUAUGUUCACAAACAAUCAUUUGUUACAGUAUUAUAAAUAAGAAUGUCUUAAAAUAUGUAUGCUUAACGUGUUAUCAUUGACGUAAUUGACGACAGUUCUUUGGUGAUCUACAUGCAUGUUUUGUCUUCUUUUUCAUCGCUCCGACUUGGUGAUAUACAUCAAUUCUG